AAAUGUGAAUGUGUAUAUUUGUUACAUAUAUCUUCUUUGGUGAUGUCAUAAAUCAUGAGUAAUAUUAUCUGACAUAAAAUUGUCAAUUGUCUCAAGUCAAGGGACAGAUAGUUUUUCCCGCUUUUGUAAAAUUAGUGUGACGAACAGCACGCGAUGACAAAUUACUGAAGUUAAGAAAAAUAUAGUGAUAUAUAAUACGGAGUUCUAUGCUGUUAAUGAGAAUUGGUAAUCUUAUUAAAGUGGCUAGGUCCUUGGCUGAUUUUUCACAUCAUUCCUCAUCGAUAAUCAGCCCAACGUUCAAGCAAGAUAGUAGUUUUGCUUUUGUGGUUAGGUUAGAUUUUCAUCACAACCACGGGGGCCGAACAGUCAGCCAUGUCCGUCUCUCAGAUGGAAAAAAACUUAUUCAAUUUAAAGUUUGCAGUAAAGGAGUUAGAAAGAAAUUCAAAGAAAUGCGAAAAAGAAGAAAAAAUAGAGAAAGCAAAGAUCAAGAAGGCGAUACAAAAAGGUAACAUGGAAGGUGCUCGCAUCCAUGCUGAGAAUGCAAUUCGACAGAAGAACCAAGCCUUGAAUUAUCUCAGAAUGAGUGCAAGAGUAGAUGCAGUGGCCAGCAGAGUGCAAACUGCAAUGACAACUCGCAAAGUCACUCAGUCUAUGUCUGGUGUUGUUAAAGCCAUGGACGCAGCUAUGAAGUCGAUGAACCUGGAAAAGAUCUCUUCACUCAUGGAUAAGUUUGAAAACCAAUUUGAGGAUCUGGAUGUGCAAAGCUCAUACAUGGAAAAUGCUAUGUCACAAACCACAACAAUUAACGCACCUCAGAACGAAGUGGAUACUUUGAUGCACCAAGUCGCAGAUGAAGCUGGGCUGGAACUGAAUAUGGAACUGCCACCUAGUCAAUUAGGCUCUAUUGGCGUUUCGGUAGCAGCAACUCAGGAACAGGACGAACUAACACACAGAUUGGCACAACUCAGGGAAUAAUGAUAGGCUGUUUGAAUGUAUGUUGUAAUUUAUAAAGUAUAUAUAUAUAUAUUUUUCUCUUAACAGUAAGUAUUAUGGUGUCAUAUGGUAAUAUAUUUUCUUAAAAAUUAUGUUAAAGAAUAUGUUACAGCUAAAAUGAAAAAGGAAGAUGAAAUUCUUAGCUUUAUAGCAUAGUUUGUAUGCAGCAUAUAUCAGAUUUUAAUAGAUAAAUAUGAAUGCUAUAAAAAUUAUUACUGCUCUUGAAAAUUUAUACAGUAUUGAAAUCUUAAUAGGCCUAAUUCUCAGGUCUCUCUUAGGACUUAAUAGAUCUUUUUGUUUAUUUUGUACAUUAUAUUGUAAUUAGAAUAAAUAAUUUAAUUGAUUAUCUGUCUUUUGUUAAGAUCCAAAAUUAGAAACAAUGAACGAAAUUAAUUAAUUUUAACUCGCAACCUGCAAUAUUUUUUAUCAACGUAAUUUAGCUGCAAAAUGCAAUAUGGAACGCUUUUGCUCUACAUGUUAAUUGUACAUUUAUAUAAGAUUAAUAAAUAUUUAUUGUUUAGUAACGA